AUGUUUUAUGCAGAAAUAUUAGAAGAAACUCACGAUCAUCUGGAAAAUAGUUUUGUCUCGACUUUCAAUAUCUAUACUGCUCUUGGAAUGGUUCUUGCGGGAUGUGAAGGAAAUACAAAAGCUGAAAUGAUUAGGGCAAUGCAGUUAUCCAACCACUUGAAAGUCGAGAUAAUUCACAAUCGCAUCGGUGAAAUGCUGUCAAAAUGUUCUAAAGCUGACAGAGGUGUUGAAAUAAUCCUUGGGAAUAGGCUGUUUGCAAGAAAGAAUAUGGACAUUAAAAAACAUUUCAAGAAAACCCUAAAGAAAUAUUACAACGCACUUGUGGAAAAUGUAGCAUUUCAAACAGAUCCAGAGAGUGCUCGAAUACGAAUCAACCAGUGGGUUAGUGAACAGACCGAUGGGAAGGUUCAACAACUCAUUCCUUCAAAACUUUUACAAAAUGAUACUUCGGCUGUUGUGGUAUCAACCACAUACUUCAGAGGUAUGUGGAAUCUACCUUUUCUGCCGAAUGCAACAACUGACAGUGAUUUCUAUACACUGGACGGAUUGACGAUCAACGUGAGGUUGAUGUAUAAAGAGUCAUUUUUCGAUAUGACCAGUUUACCUCACUUGAUGGCACGGGGAGUGAAAAUACCGUUCAAAGAUCCUAAGUAUUCAUUAUUGGUUAUUCUUCCAAAUGAACUGAAUGGAUUACCGAACCUAUUGAAGUUGUUGUACAAAACUGGAGGAAUUUCUUCAGUACUCUCCAGUAAUUUCGAGAAUACGAAGUUGCAGUUGUACUUGCCUAAAUUUAAAUUGAGAGAAGGAAGCGCUUUGAGUUUGAAAAGUGUUUUGCGGAAAAUGGGAAUAAACGACGCAUUCAAUUCUGAAUCAGCGGACUUCUCAAACAUCACUGACUCGGAUAGACUGUAUAUAUCAGAUGUUUUGCAUAAGGCUAUACUUGAAAUCGAUGAACAAGGUGUGAUAGCAGCUGCAGCAACAGAAGUAAGGCUACUUAUUGGGUCAUGUUGUGGACCACAAGAACCUGUGCCGGAAUUCCGUGUUGAUCAUCCGUUCAUUGUUUCUGUUGUAUGGAAUGAUUCUGUACCAGUAUUUCUGGGACACAUUACAGCUCCAACGAAUGAUUGACCAGUAAUACGUAGACUGUCUAAAUUCUCUGAGAAGCAAUCUAUUUUGUACUUUUCCAAAAUUUUCCAGACCUAAUGUUUAAGAAUGCACUGUUUUGACUGACUGUUGAAUUAAAACUAUUUGAUUUUUUGUGUGGUAAUCAACAUUUUCUAAACUGAUCAUUACUAUUUGAAACCGAUUUUCAUGCUUUCUUGUUCUUUGAACAUACUCUUCC